UGGGAAGCCAAAUUUAAGAACUGGGACCAGCUCUGGCUCCAGAAAUAAACAGACCAGCUAGACUGCGUCUGAGCCCGCUUAAAUGAACAAGGGGCUAUGGGGACUCAUGGCCACUCCACAGCAGACAUGGGAGCACCCGAGGACAGCUGGGGUGCGCAUCAUAAACACCCCACUUGUUAACAGCGCAGGGCCCAAGGGCGCUCCUAAAUAGACCCUUGUAUGGGGGGGAAAGGGUACAGACUCAUGAGCCAGGUCCCCCUGACCGCCACUUUGAGGUAGUCCCCACAGUUCCGGCAUUCGGGCCAUAGGUGUCAGGCGUGCGUCUUCUGGCCCAUCAAUACAGAUUACAUAUUUAUAUCAAUCGCGGGCUCCGAGGGCGCCCUCAGAGAGCGGCCCCGCGCCUACGAAACCAAACUGGGAGUGGUCGCGUGGAAACUCUGGCUUGGGAUUGGCUGCAGGCGCCCGCCGCGGUGCGGGGGGAUUGCUAAUCGUAUUCAGCAUGUUUUGCACAAGAAAUGUCAGCCAGAAAGGGCUAUCUGCUCCCUUCGCCAAAUUAUCCCACAACAAUGUCAUGCUCGGAGAGCCCUGCCGCGAACUCUUUUUUGGUCGACUCGCUCAUCAGCUCCGGCAGAGGCGAGGCGGGUGGCGGUGGCGGUAGCGCCGGGAGCGGUGGAGGCGGCUACUACGCCCACGGCGGGGUUUACCUGCAGCCAGCCAGCGACCUACCCUACGGGCUGCAGAGCUGCGGGCUCUUCCCGACGCUGGGCAGCAAGCGCAAUGAGGCACCGUCGCCCAGCGGCGGUGGCGGUGGUGGCAGCGGGGGCCUGGGUCCCGGGACGCAUGGCUACGCGCCCGCGCCCCUAGACCUGUGGCUAGACGCACCGCGCUCCUGCCGGAUGGAACCGCCUGAUGGUCCGCCGCCACCGCAGCCCCAGCCCCAGCAGCAGCCGCCGCCCCCGCCACAGCCGCCUCAGCCCCCGCCACAGGCCACUUCGUGUUCUUUUGCGCAGAACAUCAAAGAAGAGAGCUCCUACUGUCUCUACGAUUCUGCAGACAAAUGCCCCAAAGGCUCGGCCGCCGCGGAUCUGGCCCCUUUUCCGCGGGGCCCGCCACCCGACGGCUGCGCCCUAGGCGCCUCCAGCGGAGUGCCAGUACCGGGCUACUUCCGCCUGUCUCAGGCCUACGGCACGGCCAAGGGCUUCGGCACUGGCGGCGGCGGCGGUGGUGGCGGUGGCGGUGGCACACAGCAGCUCGCUAGUCCUUUUCCUGCUCAGCCCCCGGGGCGCGGCUUCGACCCACCGCCCGCAUUGGCUUCCAGUUCGGCCGAGGCAGCCGGGAAGGAGCGAGUCCUAGACUCCACGCCACCACCCACGCUGGUUUGCGCCGGUGGCGGCGGCGGCGGGGGCUCACAGGGCGACGAGGAGGCGCACGCGUCAUCCUCGGCGGCUGAGGAGCUGUCCCCAGCCCCUUCCGAAAACAGUAAAGCCUCGCCGGAGAAGGACUCCCUGGGCAAUUCCAAAGGCGAAAAUGCAGCCAACUGGCUCACAGCAAAGAGCGGCCGGAAGAAACGCUGCCCCUACACUAAGCACCAGACGCUGGAGCUAGAGAAGGAAUUUCUCUUCAACAUGUACCUUACUCGAGAGCGGCGCCUAGAGAUCAGCCGUAGCGUCCACCUCACGGACAGACAAGUGAAAAUCUGGUUUCAGAAUCGCAGGAUGAAACUGAAGAAAAUGAACCGAGAAAACCGAAUCCGGGAGCUCACAGCCAACUUUAAUUUUUCCUGA